CUGACAGAAAAUAAUACCAGUGAUCUAAUAUGGUCGCGAGAGGGCGCCCUAAUGCAGCAACACGGCAGUCAUCAUGGCGUUGAUGUUUUCGCAAACAGCUCGUAUUAAGAAAGCAGUGGUGCUGAUAAACAACAUAGACGCUGCCAAGUUCCCACGGUUACUCUCCAGAAUCUUACAGAAACUGCACCUCAGAGAUGAUCACUCGUUUUCCGAGGAGGAACAGGAGAAACUCCAAGUCGCUCUGGGUCUGGAGGGAAAGGACUUGCAACUUGUCUUAGAAACCACAUCAUUUAUUCUGGAACAGGCUGCCUACCACAUAGCCAAGCCGACAGUGCUAUCGCAACAACUGCAGAAUAUUGGACUUGAAGAAGACAAGGUUUCAGUAUUUGUAAAAGCAUGGACAUCAAGUGGUAAGGGAGUGGUGGAAAAACUACGCCAGAGAACAUUGGCUCCCAAUCAGUUGGAAGAGGUUAACUGGAGGCUAAAUCUUCAGAUGGGCCAGGCCUCACAGACUAAGAUGAAGCUGCCCAACGCCAUGUUUGAGAUGGUCGUCUCGGGACAAGAGGAAGGGGAGAAAGAGAAGAUUAAGAUGGAAUUCAGUCACGACGAGCUGUAUCAGUUCUAUAACAAGUUGGAGGCGAUACAAGGACAACUGGACUCAAUGAGCUGAAAUCCGUUCUAAAAUCUGUACCCAACUCAGUCCAAAGGCCCACCUCACGGAGCUGCUUAGCACAGAAAUUGGCUUAGCACAGAAAAUAUUCGCUUGGGAAAAAUCAAUUUAUAGCUUACCGAGGAGCCAUGCAGUGUAUGGACUGUGUGCACAUGUACACCCUCAGUGGUUACAAACUGUUAGGAAGACCAAGGGAAGGGACAGUUGAAUGCAUUUAUGCCAGAGCCUGGUACUCCAACACCGUAUGGGUUUGUACAUAUUCGGUUUGUGUACUUUGCGCCCAGGGUGACCGUAAGGUCAAAGCCAAAUUCUGCUAAAUGCACAUCAAAAUCUGUCAGAUUU